GGAAUUCCUCAACAAUCCUAAUCCUGUUACUCUGUCAGAUCUGAUCAACACUCUAAGGGCAUUUGAAAUGGACGUAAACAAGAGAGAGAUGAACACUGCUGGAUAUCAACCUAAAGCAACUCAACCUUCAGCAGGACUGAAGAAUGUAGCGUUUCUCGCUUCAGGGGGCAUUACUCCACAAGCUUCUGAUCUAAUUUAUGCAAAUGCUUCCGCAAGCGCAUCUAAAGCCCCACAACUUGUUGAGAAAACGAUCACUGUCGAUACUCAAGCACUGAAAGUUUCAACCGAGAAUGUGGCACUCUUCAACACUUUCCUAAGCAGCUAUGAAGCCCUAAUGUCUGGGGAAUUGAAGAAGGAGAUGUUUACUGCCGAAGACAUGUAUCAGGUUGAUCCAGAUGAUAUGGAAGAAAUGGAUCUGAAAUGGCAAAUGGCCAUGAUCACUCUGAGAUUGAAGAAGUUUCAAGACAAGACAGGCAAGCGAUUAGGUCUUGGAAAAGCUGGUUUUGACAAGUCUAAGCUGAGGUGCUACAACUGUAAGAAUCUUGGACACUUCAAGCGUGACUGUCCGAUGUUGAAAGAGGGAAACAGUGAAGCUACUCCUGCUGCUAAACAGAUCACUGCCGAAGAGAACAAAAGCAACGCUUCUCCCAGCACGCCAAAGGCUUUGGUUGUUGAAGACUAUGACUGGAGCGAAGAGAUCACUGAAGCUAAGGAACAAGUCAACAAAGCACUGAUGGCCAAAAUCUCUAGUGAAUCAUCUGCAAAGCACUUUGAGAAGCAGACAACGGGAAUCCCAACUGGAAACAAUGAUGCUGACCAGGGAUUGAAAGGUAUUCUGCCUUCAGUGGAGUCUGGUGAUAAAGCUGAAAAAGAUGCUGAGAAAGGAAAGGAUAAAGUUCAAGCUACAGCCAUGAAAGCAGAUGCAUCAAAAGAGAAGGCUGACAAAGACUUGAUUCCAUUGAGUGUAAAGAAGAUGUGUGCGAUGAUGAUGGAGACUGCGGAGGGUCAAAAAUAGGAAUUGGUUAUUCAGGCGACAGUUAUUCCACCGUUAACUGGUUCGUCUGGAAUUGUUCUAAAAACAAUGUUAAGGAUGAAUGUAAUAGUUUAAGUAGGAUGGAUGACUGUAAUGGCCAAGUGCCUAAAACUAAAUCUGUGGAUGACUGUAAGGGCCAUGUGCCUACAUUUGAGACCCGUGAUCAUGAACCUUAUGUGUCUGAAUGUCAUGGUUUGAAUUAUGCGUGUCGUGAUGAUAAUGUUGCUUGUGAAU